AUUUUAUUACUCCACAACUACUUUACAUAUAUAUCACACACAAACAUACUUAGUUUUAUACCUCGAUUUAUAAAAUGUGUGAUUUCGUACCUGUAAUUCUUGCCUACGGCAUUGACGCCAACGGGUACUCAUUAGGCGAGCGCAAAGUCAAAGUCGAAACUUACGAAAUGACCAUUGGCGAGUUUAAAAAACGAGUGGCCGCUGCCUUUGACGUGCCAUGGGACAGAGUAUCUCUCUACUACGGGUUGCACAAGGGCCAGCGCCUUGAGCUUAUUCCUGAGUACUGA